CGCCCAAAUCAAGCAACGAGAAGACAUGACGACACACCCACUAUGUAAGCGAUGCGGAUCUCCCAUCCCGCGUUGUUACACACGUCUAUUAGGCCGUUCACCAAUCAGCCAUCACCGCUAACAAUCCGACACGGCUAACACCACCGGCACGUCUCCUGCACCUUUCCACUCACGUUCUCAGUCAUCUAGCCCAAAAUGUCAGCAAUGGAUAUCGACGACAUCUUGCAAGAAUUCGAUGCUGGCGGCGCAGCUCGCGAUGCAUCGAAAGACAUCCAAAACCUGACCACAGCCUGGGUCGCCGAGCGGACAGCGCCCGAGAUAAUGCCGUUCCAGGCGGCGCUCGUGGAGCGGCUUACGGAACGGAUCCGGCAGCAGAUCGAAUUGGUCGAAACUGAAACCGGAAACCUUGAUCCUACUUCGAACUUCAGACUCAUCCUGAUACAGACGGAGCUCGAGAGGGUCAAGUAUCUUGUCCGCGCGUAUUUGAGGAUACGGAUGCACAAGAUCGACAAAUACUCCUUCCACAUCCUCUCGAACGCCUCCGUCCGCUCCAGACUCGCGCCGUCGGAGAUAUCCUACCUCAAGUCCCACCUCGCAUUACUAAACAACCACUACCUGUCCUCGUUCCUCCGAAACUUCCCCGAGCAGCUGCGGAGACUCGACGAUACCGCCGGAGGAAUUUCGAUGGUCGAGGAACCGGAUAUGGAUAGUGCCGUGUUCUGCCGUGUCGUUCGGAACGUGCAAGAUGCUGUUGUGCGCAUUCCCGGUACGGAUACCGAAUUUGAGCUCGCGAAGGAUGAUGUGUAUGUGGUCAGGUAUAGUGCAGUGAGGGAAUUUGUGGUUUCCGGCGAUGUUGAGUUGAUCUGACUAUCUAUGGGAAUGGUGUUAUCCGUGUAUAUUUUGUGGUGGGGCGUUUUGGUGUUUUGUUUGGCCCACAGCUUGCUUGCAUUUCACGGUGAGUUUCGUCUGGCUAGAGAUAUAUAUAUUCCACA